CAUUCCAUUGCCACCGCUCCUCCGUUCGCGACUCGUCGUCGGAACUCAUCUCCUCCUCCAUCGUUUGCACCUCACGAAGACGAUGAACCUCCAGGAGGUAAUCGACGUCGGCCGCAAUUUCGCCGUCAUGGUUCGGAUCCAAGGCCCUGACCCCAAGGGUUUGAAAAUGCGAAAGCACGCAUUCCACUUGUACAAUUCUGGAAGAACUGCAUUAUCAGCUUCUGGAAUGCUUUUGCCACGCUCAUUUGUUAAAGCUUCAGUGUCUAAGCAGUUUGAGGGUGAAGGCGAUUUGCAAUCCGGAGGAGGUUGCGUUUUGGUCAUUACUGUUGCCUCUGUUCUUGAGCAAUUUCUUUCACAGCAACAUCGAGAUAACGUGUCACAGCUGGAUAGACCCAUGUUGAUACCCGGUGCUCAGAUUGAAAUAUUGAUGGAGGGUAAGGAGGUUCAUGCAAUGACAAACAAGGAGGCUCUAAAUUGGCAACCAGCUGAACUUCUUAGAGUGGUCAACGUGCCUACAUCGUCUACCGCUAUCCAAUCUCUGGUUGAAACAUCUUCUGGCUCAAUAGAGCACGAUUGGGAAGUUGGUUGGUCUCUAGCUUCCUACGGAACUGGUCAUCAAUCAUUUAUGGAAUCUGCACGAAAGCAGGUAGAGCAAGCUUCUUUCCCUAGCAAAACGUAUAUUCUGGAAACAGAAUCCAGUAAUCCAAGUUUGAUGGGCAAAUCAGCAGCCAGAGUUGCUCUUCUCAAAGUUUCUUCCAUUCAGUAUGGGGAUCAUCCAAAAAUAAGCACAUCUCAUUUGAACCAGAGGGGUGAUCGCCUUCUGUCAAUUGGUUCUCCUUUUGGCAUCUUGUCUCCCAUUCACUUUUUUAACAGUAUAUCGGUGGGAUCCAUUUCCAACGUUUACCCAUCUAACAAGUCACCAAGAUCAUUGUUGAUGGCUGACAUUCGAUGUCUCCCUGGAAUGGAAGGUAGUCCAGUUUUUGGGGAACAGGCAGAACUUAUAGGUAUUCUAUCCAGACCAUUAAAACAAAGGACUAGUGCAACUGAGAUUCAGAUGGUUAUCCCUUGGGAAGCUAUUGCAUCUGCAUGCAGUGAUCUGCUGGAGAAGCAUCCCCAAACGACCUGGAAUGAUGCCCACCAUGACAAUGUAAUCUUUAAUAUUAACAGUGAACCUAUAAAGGACAUUCAUGGACAUAUCCGUUUAGGUCAUCCAUCUUCGUCCUCAAUUGACAAGGCAGCAGCUUCCAUUUGUCUCAUAACUGUUGAUGAUGGAGCAUGGGCUUCUGGUAUUUUACUCAACAAACAAGGCCUCAUUCUUACAAAUGCUCAUCUUAUUGAGCCGUGGAGAUUUGGAAAAGCAUCUGCAAUUGAUGAAAAACAUAAGACCAACCCCUGUGUUUCUACGCCUUAUGAUCAAAUCAAAUGUCCAGGUGAUGAAAAAGUUGGCACCCAUGCCAAGGGUGCCAAGUGUCAAGGUUUACUGCAAGCAGGAGUGGGACCUCUGGACUUUUCUCUUAAAAGAGAGAAUAUAGGGUCUAACAUCCACCUGGAAAGGAAAGACCACAGAAGCAUACGUGUACGUUUGGAUUCUCUGGAUCCAUGGAUAUGGACAAAUGCAAAGGUCAUUCAUGUCUCUAAAGGACCACUAGAUGUUGCCCUACUGCAACUUGAUUUUGUUCCAGAUCAGCUGUGCCCUAUUGUUAUAGACUUUAGACACCCCUCCCCUGGAUCAAAGUCAUAUAUUCUUGGUCAUGGCCUGUUUGGACCACGAUGCGAUUUACUUCCAUCUGCUUGCCUUGGCGUGAUAGCUAAGGUAGUUGAAGCAAAGAGGUCUCUGAACCAUCAGACCACACAAGAAAGCUAUUUUCCUGCAAUGCUUGAAACAACAGCUGCUGUACAUCCUGGUGGUAGUGGUGGAGCAGUUGUCAAUUCUGACGGGUUCAUGAUUGGCCUUGUCACAAGCAAUGCCAGACACGGUGGAGGGACUGUUAUACCGUAUUUGAACUUCAGCAUCCCCUGUGCAGCUUUGGAGCCGGUCUUUAAGUUCUCAGAAGGUGUUUUUAACUCCAUCAAAUCAUCAACUGAAGUCUUAGUUCUUACAGUAAUUUAUAUUGACUUUUAGCUCCAUGCGCAACGACAACAACCCAAUAUAAUCAAAAUGACUCUUAACUCCGUUGGGGUCUAGAUGGGUUAAGAUGGGCUGAAUCGAAAUGAGAGACUAAAUUUCAUCAGUCCGGUUCUCUUGACACUGGACUCUAGUUUCAUAUUAUUAUAGCGGCCAUUUGAGGCACCUACGGUAAUUUUGUUGGACCUCGAAUUUGUUUCCACCCUCGGUUGGACCCCAAAAUGGCCCCCCCUCACCCAAUUGUCGGUUACCUACAGUAUUUACAGUAGCAAAUAGGCAAACUUGGGG